ACGCUUUGCACUCCGGACAAUUAGCUGCCCGUGACUGGCUGUGCCCGGCGCGGGACUUAAUUGGGGAGCCCCCCUCGGCCCAGCAUGCUCUGCCCCGGCUCUGGCCCUCCUGGCUUCUUGGCCCUUUUGGCCCCUGGACUGGCGCUGUUGGCUCACCUCUCUCUCCCCUCUCAGGCCGGGGUGAAGCGUCUUCCCGCCCGAACCAGCCCGCAGGGCACCCCGGGCAGGACGCUCAUCCUCCUGGACGUGAGUACCAGGAGCUCCCUUCGAGUCACCAGCGAGAACUUCCUCUCGUUGCAACUGGAUCCCUCAAUCCUCCACGACGGCUGGCUGGACUUCCUCAGCUCCCGGCGCUUGGUGACCUUGGCGCGUGGCCUGGCGCCCGCCUUUCUCCGCUUCGCGGGCAAAAGAACUGACUUUUUGCAGUUCCAGAACGUGAAGAACCCGGCCAAGAGCCGCGGUGGACCGGGACCUGACUACUACCUCAAGAACUACGAGGACGACAUUAUUCGCAGUGAUAUUGCACUGGAUAAACAAAAAGGCUGUAAGAUUGCCCAGCAUCCUGACAUCAUGUUGGAAUUACAAAGAGAAAAAGCAGCUCAAAUGCACCUGGUUCUCCUCAAGGAGCAAUUCUCUAACACCUACACAAAUCUCACACUUACAGCCAGGUCUCUAGACAAACUUUAUAAUUUUGCUGACUGCUCUGGCCUCCAUCUCAUCUUUGCAUUGAAUGCUUUGUGUCGGAAUCCCAACAAUUCCUGGAACAACUCCAAUGCCCUCAGCCUGCUCAAGUACAGUGCCAGCAAGAAGUACAACAUCUCCUGGGAGCUGGGCAAUGAACCAAAUAACUACCGAACCCUCACUGGACGAGCAGUGAAUGGCACUCAGUUGGGCAAGGACUAUAUGCAGCUGAAGAGACUGCUACAGCUAAUCCGCACCUACUCCCGAGCCAGCCUGUAUGGGCCCAACAUUGGGAGACCUAGGAAAAAUGUUGUCACCCUCUUGGAUGGGUUCAUGAAAGUGGCAGGGAACGUAGUGGAUGCAGUUACCUGGCAACAUUACUACCUUGAUGGCCGAGUGGCCAAGGUGACGGACUUCCUGAAAACACGCCUGUUAGACACACUCUCUGACCAGAUCAGGAAAAUCCAGAAAGUGGUCAAUACACACAUGCCUGGAAAAAGGAUUUGGUUAGAGGGCAUCGGGGCCACUUCUGAAGGAGGCAUCACAAAUCUCUCAGAUUCCUAUGCUGCCAGCUUCCUGUGGCUAAACUCUCUUGGGAUGCUGGCCAGCCAGGGCAUCGAUGUAGUAAUGAGACACUCAUUCUUUGAUCACGGGCACAACCAUCUUGUGGACCAGAACUUCAACCCAUUGCCGGACUACUGGCUCUCACUGCUUUACAAGCGGCUUGUCGGACCCAGGGUACUUGCUGUUCAUGUAGCUGGGCUGCAGAGGAAACCUCGCCCUGGCAGGGUGAUUCGUGAUAAGUUACGCAUCUAUGCUCACUGCACCAGCUACUACAACCAUAAUUACGUCCGUGGUUCUAUCACAAUUUACAUCAUCAACUUGCAUCGAUCACGAAAGAAAAUCAAGUUGGUGGGGACCCUUCGGGACAAGCUUGUCCAUCAGUAUGUGCUGCAACCCUAUGGUCAGGAAGGACUUCAAUCUAGGUCUGUGCAGCUUAAUGGACAGCUACUCGCUAUGCUGGAUGAUGGAACCCUGCCAAAUCUGAAGCCUCGUCCUCUUCGUCCUGGCCGAACCCUGGUUAUCCCACCUCUCACUAUGAGCUUCUAUGUGGUGAAGAAUGUUAAUGCCCUGGCCUGCCGGUAUCGGUAGCCCCACCGCCAAGGGCAGACCUACAAGACCCUCUUGGGGCAUUUCUUGGCAGGGGUGUGCAUAUAUCACCAGGAAAAGAGGACAGAAGUGCCUCCAGGAAAACACUGGCUGUCCACAGCUGUUUCACAUGUUAUUAUGUUCCUAGCAUCUCCACCUGCUAUGGCUACUUUCUAAUGAGCAGUAUUUUAAACGCCUUCCCAAUUUUCAGAUAGACUGUCAUAGAGUGGGGACUUUGUGCCACCUUGUGGGCAAUGAAGAAGCUGUAAUAGGGAGAAUUUUUCCUGGCUUUCUGUGCUGAGCAAGUGCAAGGUCAAGAUGCAUCCAUCACUCCAGAAGCUACCAGAAAACUAUCAACAGGAAGUAGAAUCUGGUCUUUCAGCUUUAUCCCUGUGGAUGGUGUACCCCCUGCUGGCAAAUGGCAGUAGAACAAGCAAUGUAGCAAGGAAAACACAUCAAGAAGCAAGAGCCAGAAUUGCGUCUUACAGAAUUAAGCACCUAGUUGUGCUGCAGAAGAAAGACAAUCCAGAUACGAAAUUCUGGUAUGUCUGUAGCUGCUUGAGCCAAUGGCAUUGUGGGAUGGGAAAGAAGAGGAUUGUUCUUGGCCACUGUAAAUAAUGCUGCCUCCUCGGAGCAUUUGCUGUAAAUGUUAACUAUUAAAUUAUAUUUUCUGAAGAUCUGAAAAAAUACUUAUAAGAACUGAGAAAUCAAGGCCGUUUUUAGUUUCCCACUUCUUGGGGGACUUUCAGAGAUUGUACCAGGUGGUGCAUGGAAGAAUGACAGAUAGACUUGUAAAUAUUUAAAAAUAGCUUCGUUUCAAUAUUCUGAAGCCCAUGUAGCCUCUCCAUCGUCCCAAAUCUGGGCUGCAAAACUCUGGACUACCACUGUAUGGCAGCAAAGAGUUAUAGUCUUCUGUGCCUCUUUGCUGCCAUCUAGUGGUCAUUCAUAUUUUUGCAAACCAAAUCCAGUAGCCCUAUCCCCGCACUUUCUAUAAGUGGUAUUUAUAUUCAGUUAGGUAUCACAACUAACUAUGAAGGGCAACCAGACAUCUGUUAUGUUACUAAUAACCCUGUACACAUUUCCAGUCUGAGGAUCAAUCCUAUUGUUUACACUCACAUGCAUGAUUACCUAGCCCUUUAGAUACAGCCCACCCAACAGUAAUUCAUCUCUAUUCAUCUCACUGAACUCAGAUCUACUAAAAGAAGCAAAGCAUUUAUAGUGUGCUGUAAGAUUAAAUUAAAUUAGCCUGAGGGAAAGAUAAUACAGGUAUAAAGUACUGGUUUCUUUUUAAGUUGGCAUUAAAUGUAAAUGAUACGGAGAUUUAAAAUAAAAAUAAAACUUCCACUACA